AUGAAGAAGAAGGUGGAACCAGGAAGUGGUGUUCAGCUGCACUUAGCAGCGAGAAGAAAGUGGCGAGUAGUUCGAUUAAAGCUUUCUGUCCUCUGCCGGUCACUGCAGAAGGAAGUUCAUUUUGAUGAGGGAACGUUCCUCUGUUUCCAUUCAUUCAUCACAGCUCCUUAGGAAUAAAAUGGAGGGGCCUGCCCUGCCGCUGUCUUCACUCAGGCUCCUGGCUCCACCCCUGCGGCUGAUGCUGGCCAUGAUGUGGAAGGUGAUCUGUCAGAGGAAAGUUAAGCUGUAUGGGCGAGUGGAAGAGUUUGUGUCCUUGGUAAAUGAAGCCGUCCCUGACAUCUUGACAUACAGACAGAUGAGACUGCUCACUCUGGGCUUAAGAGCAAAGAUGACUUUACAGACAUUACGUUCUGGACAGUCGGAAGAUCUCAGACGUGUUCAGACACACUUUGACUGCCUCCCGACAACCAGCUCCAAACAGCUUCAACCAGAAAAUGAAGCCCUUGAAGCCAACUUUGUUGGGCUUGUUCAGACACUUCUGCAGGACGCUGAAGUGAGAGAACACUUCCUCGAGAAUGUGUUUCCUGUGAAGUAUGGCCCCAACUUCGAUGCAGCACUGGAGACUCUUGUUUGCGAGUUCUUCACCCGCCUGGAAGAGCUGAUGCUUAUACCAAACUUUAAACAGACCGCAGUGUGGAUCAGCGAUACAUCAUCGGUGCCAGAAGAGUACAUGCAGUGUGUGACCGAAACAGAUGAGCUCAAAGUAUUGCUAAGAAGCAGGGUGCAUUGUGGUAAAAUGGCAGGGUUGGAUACCAGUGCAACCUCUCCCUCAGAGCAGCAGCUCUUCUCAGCGUUGUCUCUCCCCCCUCCAUUGAGAGCAGCCGACACCAAAGACGUGGAUUCUAGCGCACAAACGUUUGAAAACCGAAGAGAAUCUGAGGCGAUUUCUUCUCAGGACGUGGGAGACACAGGGAUACGGGACACAAGAUGGCCCGACGAGAAGGAGGUGCGACAGAGUCUAAACAGCAGCAAGGCAGAACAAACAAUGGGAGGGAAAUGCAGCGACGUUGUGGAAGAGAACGAUGACAGAGCUCCCUCUACAUCUACUGAGAGUCAUGUGUUGUCCAGCUCUGUGAUUGGCCCCCCUCGACCAAGAGUCGCACACAAAUGCGCUCAGUGUGGGAAGUGCUUCAUUUACCGUUACGAACUACUGGAGCACCAAAGGCUGCACACCGGAGAAAACCCCUACAAAUGCUCCCAGUGCGGAAAGGCCUUCAGGAGGACGUCUGACCUGUCCACUCACAGACGAACACAGUGCACAAAAGCAGCCUACAUUUGCAUCAAAUGUGGAAAUGGCUUUCAGUCCAUGCAGGACAAAUUUAGACACCAGUGUGUUGACAGUGUCCAAAAGUUUGACUGCUCUCAGUGCGGAAAAAGCUUCAAGAAGAUGUACCUGCUGUGUAAGCACAAGCUGACUCAUACCCGGAACCGAAUGUUCACGUGCAAACAGUGCAACGAGGCUUACCCCGGUAUGAGAGAGCUAAGGUCCCAUCAGAAGACUCAUCCCCCCGAGCUGUCAAAUCAGUGCAUGCAGUGUGGGAAAUUCUUCAGCUCCGCUGUGGGUUUGGCGGCUCACGAGCUGCGUCACGGUCAACAGAGAACCCAGAUCUGCGCACGCUGCGGCAAAGCUUUCAAGAACAAACACGACCUGAAUCUGCACAUGCGCAGCCACACGGGCGAGAGGCCAUUCCAGUGCACGCAUUGCGGCAAGCGCUUCUCCGUGUCCGGAAAUCUGAACAUACAUGUUCGAACGCACACCGGAGAAAAGCCGUACCUGUGCUCUGACUGCGGAAAGGCCUUCGUUUCGGCAGGCGAGCUGCAGAUACACAAGCGCACCCACACGGGGGAGAGGCCAUAUAAAUGCCCCGUGUGCGAAAGAGGAUUCACCAUGGCGAGCAAAGUGACGCUUCACAUGCGCGUUCACACCGGGGAACGGCCUCACGUCUGCUCUGAAUGUGGGAAGGGGUUUUCGCGUGGCAGCGAACUGAAAAAACACACCAUGAACCAUACGGGGGUUCGACCCUACGCGUGUCAACAGUGUGCAAAGACUUACACCUGUCUCAAUCACCUGAAGAGACACUUAAAAUCCCACAGUGUAGUCCAGACCUAUUCUGUCCUAACAGUUAGCUGUUUGCUAACGACCAGCUCAGCAUCAGUACAUUGGCCGUUCACUAUGUGCAAUGCAAAGACUGAAACCAUUUGUUUGAGCUUUGAGACUAUCCCAACGAUUCGAGCUAGCUACCUGGCCAGCUGCGUGUAUUGUCGGAAUCACGGUGCCUCAGAAUUCAGCGUCCCCCUGUCCUCGCUGGCACUCCUGGUCCCCCCACUGCGACUGAUGUCAGCCGUGAUGUGGGAGGUCGUGCGCCAGCGGAACAUCAAGCACUAUGGGAAACUGGAGGAGUUUGUGUCCAUGGUAACGGAUGCGGUCCCCGAACUGAUGAGUAAACGAGAGGGCAGGCUGCUUUCACUGGGCCUGAGAGCGAGGACGACUCUUGAACUGUUGCGUUCGGAACAUCCUGAAGAUCUCAAGGCCGUCGAGACCCACCUGAACCGCAUCCGAUCUUCUUGCAUUGAGGAGACAAAUGACCCCAUUAUCGAGGCACCAGAGGCAAACUUUAUGAAGCUUGUACAAGGCCUCAUUGAAGAUACAGAUGGCAGAGAACAUUUCCUUAAGAAUGUGUUUCCUGUGGAGUAUGGCCCCGACUUUGACACAGCACUGGAGACUCUAGUUUGUGAAUUCUUCACAAGACUCGAGGAGCUGUUGCCAAUACCAGAUUUCAAACAGACUGCCUCCUGGAUCAGUGCGGCGCCCUCUGUCCUAGAGGAGUACAUGCAGUGUGUCUCAAACGGAGAUGACCUCAAGUUUCUUCUCCAAAGCAAACAGUGCCAUGGAAAGCUGGCAAAGAGUAGCGUUGCUCCAUUUCAGUCGGAUGACCUCCUCAUUCCCUCUCUGUCUCUCCCUCCGUCGCUGGAAGUAGCCAUCGCUUCCCACCCGAGUGCCUGUGAUGAUGAAAACAACGACGUUCCUCAGAUUGUUAUGUUUGACGAAGAGCUGUCUACAAACCCUUCCACCUCCACCGACUUUCCCGAAUCACCAAAGAGGACCGACAUCUCGUUGUCUCCUCGCAGGAGACAGCAGUCGGGAAUGCACAAAUGCCCCGAGUGUGACAAAUGUUUCAAGCAUCACUCCGUCCUCAUUGAACACCAGCGAGUUCACAGCGGGCUGCAGCCAUACAACUGCUCCGAGUGCGGGAGGGCCUUCCGGACAGCCACUCUGCUGGCCGGCCACAGGCUGCGGAAAUGCAAAAACGCAGCAUAUCUUUGUAUUAAGUGUGGGAACAGUUUCCCCACCUCGCUGGACAAAUUCAGACACCACUGCCCGAAACGCGGCCGUAAGUACGACUGCGGACACUGCGGAAAGAGAUUUCAAAAGUCUAGCAGCCUAAAGGAGCACCUGCUGACACACGUUCAAAGCCGCCUUUUCAAGUGCAGCCACUGUGGGGUCGGGUUUUCAGGAAUCGGUGACCUGAAGUAUCAUCAGCAGGUCGAUCACGAUAAGCCGUACCAAUGUAAGCAGUGUGGAAAGAGCUUUAUCUCCUCCAAGUGUCUGGCCAAACAUCAACUAAGACAUCAAGAGGUCGGUGAAAUGGAGGCGGCCAAAUUAAUGAGCGGUGGCAAACAUAAGAAAAGUGGCUCGGCUCAUCGCUCUUCAGCGUCUCUGUCGUCCAGAAAGACUUCCAAAGCCGUCUACCCCCGCGGACGGGUCAUCCACAACUGUCCGCUGUGUGGGAGGAGCUUUAAGUAUCGCUUCGAGUUCCUGGAACACCAGAGGUUCCACACGGCGGUGAAGCCGUACAAGUGCUCUCAGUGUGGCAAAGCCUUCCGCACAGAGGUCCACCUGUCCGGCCACCGGAGGAGGAAGUGUAAAAACGCUGCGCACGUCUGCACGAAGUGCGGGUGUCAGUUCAGGUCCCUACACGAACGGGUCAGGCACCAGUGCGUGCAGCUGCUGACGAAAUAUGAGUGUUCUCACUGCGGAAAGACCUUCAAGAUGGCGCAUCUGCUCAGGAACCACCAGAUGAGUGAACACCAGCUCCCCUACAGCCCCAACCACCGCUUCAGGUGCAGAUAUUGCGAGGAGACCUUCCCCGGGAUCAGCGAGCUGAAGUACCACCAGCGAGUCGACCACGAGAAACCCUACCAGUGUCAGGAGUGCGGCAAGUGUUUCCUGUCUGAGAAAUGCCUCGCUAAUCACGAGCUGCGCCACAACGACGAUCGGCCCGAGAGCUGCCUGGUGUGUGGCCGCGGCUUCAGAAACCGCUACGACUUGAAGCAGCACAUGCGCACCCACACGGGGGAGCGACCCUACCAGUGCACCCACUGCUCUCAGUGCUUCUCCACUGCGGGGGGACUGAGGAGUCACACCAGGGUCCACACGGGCGAGAAGCCCCACGUCUGCCCCGACUGCGGGAAGGGCUUCUCCCAGAUAGGUGCAAUGCGCACCCACAGGCUCACCCACACGGGCGAGCGGCCGUUCAAGUGCACCGUGUGCGGAAAAGGUUUUACAAUGGCGCACAAGGUCACGGUCCACAUGCGUGUGCACACCGGAGAGCGGCCGUACGUGUGCUCCCAGUGCGGGAAGGCCUUCUCGGAUGGAAGUGUGCUGAAGCAGCACAUGCUGAACCACUCCGGGGUGAGACCAUACCACUGCCAGAUCUGCCCCAAGACCUACACCUGUCUGAACCACCUGAGGAGGCACCUGAAAAGCCACUCGAACAUGAACUGAGUCGAGGCACAAAGGGGGAAUUGGAGCAUAAUCGAAUAACCUUAUACCAAUAUCCUGAAACACUGUCUUUGACCGAGGGCGGCUACCGAGACCGCUCUGGACAAACUCGAAUCAAGCAAUACGCGAAGGACUACAGAACGACGGUUACUAUUUAAGUUGAGCUGGAAAACUCUCAUUUACUCUUCAUUGUAAAAUAAAUGUUGUGAUUUUUGCCAUUUGUCGAGGACAGUGGGACAAUAAUGAGUGAACAUCGUGGUUGUGUGUGUAAAUUAGUUGAGAUACGAAUACUGUGAGUGCAACGUUAAAAAACCAGACCGAUUAGUUCAUUAUGACAUAACUUUAUUAUUAUCUUAUUCCUCUGGGCCUUUUUAUGUCCCCACUGUGGUCUGUGAGGUUUGUGAAUUUCAGAUUAAAUGACCUUGUUGCAACUUG